AUGGAAAAAAGUAACAAUCAAAGAGGAAAUAGGAGGUUGAAUAGAGGUAGGUAUCGUCAUAGAAAUGGUUAUAGAGGUGGUAAAAGACGUGGUUUCACAAAGAACAAGAAUGAAGAAAAAGGAAUCUUCAGCAAGAUAUUAAACUUUUUUUGGAUAAUAAUUCAAGCAAUUCUUGGGAUAUUUGGAAUUAAAUUCAAAGCUGCAAAGAAGCCGAAACGAAGAUAUAAUAGGAUAAAUUUCGCUGACUGGAAACCCCCACAAGCUACAGCUGAACAGAAUAUUGAAGUUAUGGACAACAAAAGCGAAACUAUUGAAGUUAUGGACAGCAAAAGAGAAACUAUUGAAGUUAUGGACAAAAGAGAAACAAUCCUUUAUGAUUCAGGUACAGGAGAAAUAUAUAGGACCUUUUUAGCAAAUUUGGAUGUAAAGGAAGCUUGA